AUGCCGUGGCGCGCCGGCGCGCCGCGGUGCUUCGGCCGCCGCGCGCGCGCGUCGUCGAGAGAUAUCUUCGGCGAUGUCGACGCGAACGGGACGUCGCGCAAAUCGUCGACGUCGACGUCGACGGGAUCGGGGGGAACGGUGAUCGUGUACGGGCUCAGCGCGGAUCCACCGACGGACGUCGGCGGCCACGGGAGCGUGGUGCGGGCGUUACGGGCGUGCGAAGGCGUGGACGAGGUGCGCGUGACGCCGGUGUACGCGCACGCGUACGCGGAGAAGAGACUCGCGACGACGUCGUACGAGGCGCGAGUGGAGAUGUGCGCGCUGGCGUUCGAGGGAGCGGUGAUGGACAGCGACGCUGACGUCGGUAAACACGCGACGCUGGCGCCCGCGGGAUCGAGAGGCGUCUCCGCGAGCGACGACGACGCGGGCGAGACGAGCGCGGCGGGGACGAAGGCGGCGCGCUUGGUCGUGUCUCGGGCAGAAUACAGAGCUUCGCUCGAGCACAGAGGAGGCUUGGCGAACACCAAACCUGGAUCCACGGCGGCAUUGAUGGACGUGCUUCGGCGCGAGCAACCGGAUACGACUUUCAUUAUUUGCGUCGGCGAGGACGCGUUUGACGAUUUAAUCAGCGGGAAGUGGUUCAGAGGUGAAGACUUGUUGCGCGACUACGCGUUCAUUGUCGCACCACGACACGGAUAUGAAUCGCGUCGUGAGCGAAAUUUUGGCGCGAGUGGACACGUCACGCGAGACAUUCGCAGCGUCUCCUGGUUGGAGGCGCACGUCACCGCGCCGGCGGGCGCGCCGGUGUCCUCGACCAUGAUUCGACGCGCGUUAGAGCAGAGGCAAGAGUGCGAGACUGCGGAGCAAUUGUUGCAAGAUUGCGCUCCCACUCGAGCGCUUCAUCCCGACGUUUUGCAGUACAUCGUCGACAAAGAGCUCUACGUCGCCGAUGAGUUCCAAGACGCCGUCGGCGACGACCUGGACUCAGAUGCGGACGCCGACGCGCCGUCCACGCCGACGAAAGAUUUGGGGUAUUUAGGUCGAAAGUUUGCGGGCAUGACAACGGAGCCGAGUGCGUAUUUUAGCCGAGACAAGUCGUUCACCGACGCAAAGGACAGGCACGGCUUGCUCACCGAAUCGCGCCCGCUCAUCGGCAAGGAAGUCGACGUACACGAGCACAUCAAAGCCGCGGUUCCUCGCGACGAAUUUACGUCGUUCAAGGCGUUGCCGUACGAGCUCUUCGAUCGCGCGAUACGCACCGAGCUUCAGAACCAUCCGCCCGGCAAAUGGAAUGCUGAUAAAGCAAAAAAGUACGCGUUCAUGUCGGCGGAACGCGUGCGCGUCGUGUUGCAGUGGCGCAAGGACAACAAGGUUGACGAAUUGCUCACUGGUGGCAUAUUGCCAUAUUCAGACUGCAUGUACACGAAUUGGCCCGCGUUCGUGCACGGUCAAGACUCGUACGGACACCCCGUGUUGUGUGAGCAUCCGAGCGCCGUGAAGCCAGACGCUUUGAAGGCGCGCAUGACCGUCGACGAAAUAAUGCGGCACAGGAUUCAAGUGAUGGAGACGUUGGAGUUCAUGAAAUCGACCUCCCAGCGCGCGCACACGGUCUACAAGCACAUCUGCGUGAUUGACUUGGAAGGGGUCACGAUGUCGCUGUUCACGGGUGACGUGAAAUCGUUUCUGACCGAGUUUGUCAAGCUUUUGACGCAUCGCUACACCGAUUCGUUGCACCUGAUGUAUCUCGUGAACACGCCGGUGGUCUUCCGCGUCAUGUGGGCGAUGCUAAUGCCGUUACUGUCGACGACGACAAAGUCGAAAAUUUUCAUGUUUGGCGUAGGACCCAACCAAAGUAAGAAACUCGCAAAGCAGCUCGCACGACACGGGAUAGGGCAGGAAUGCGUUCCGCCGUGCGCGGGUGGAACGCACAAAGGAACGAGGAUGGACGAAUACAUUCGAGAAGCUGUUACGCUGCACAAGCGUUUGAACGAGCACGUCAAGUAG